AUGGACCAUUUCAAGAUUCUGGAGAACUUCAGGAUCGAUGAUUGGCGUGUACCGCGGCUUGCACUGCAUGCUGCAGGAGCGCUUCCAACGGACAUUAGCGACACGAAUAAUACCAUGAGGCUUACCACGUACGCUAUUCUCCCAUCAAAUUUGCCGGAAUCACUUAUGCGAUUCCAUUUAUAUCGAUUCAUUCCCACAACCUCCCCGAAUAGCACCUUCAGCGCGGGGGCCUUGUCACUACUCGACGUCAUCGCGGACGAGUGCUCGAGGGGACGGAGGAAAUGUCUCAAACAGGUAGCAUUCCAGCCUGCUGGUGAAGAGACUAAAGAGAUUUCCGAGAAGCUCAAGGCCGCAGGCGUUGACGUGGUUGGGAUGCCAGCAGAUGGCCCGUGGGACUGGCACUACAUUUGA